GGCGGGAGGAUGAACGCGCAGGCCUGUGGGUAACAGGAGGGUAAAGAUGUCGGACGAUGAGAGCCAGGAACAGACCAUCGCCGAGGACUUGGUGGUCACCAAGUACAAAAUGGGUGGAGACAUCGCUAACCGUGUUCUGAAGAUGGUAGUUGAUGCAGCAAUGGCAGGAGUGUCUGUUGUAGCCCUGUGUGAGAAAGGUGAUGAAAUGAUCAUGGAAGAAACAGGAAAAAUUUUUAAGAAGGAGAAAGAAAUGAAAAAAGGAAUUGCCUUUCCCACCUGUAUAUCAGUGAACAACUGUGUUUGCCACUAUUCUCCUCUCAAGAGUGACCCUGACUACAUCUUGAAGGAGGAAGAUCUUGUUAAAGUUGACUUGGGCGUUCAUGUAGACGGAUUCAUUGCUAACGUGGCACACAGUUUUAUUAUUGGUGUUGAUAAGGAUGCUCCAGUAUCUGGUCGCAAAGCUGAUGUCAUUAAAGCUGCACACUAUUGCGCAGAAGCAGCUCUGCGACUAGUGAAGCCAGGCAAUCAGAAUACUCAAGUGACAGAAGCGUGGAACAAGAUUGCUCAGUCCUUUAAUUGCACUCCAAUAGAAGGUAUGCUAUCACAUCAACUGAAACAACAUGUUAUUGAUGGGGAGAAAACAAUCAUUCAGAACCCUACAGAUCAGCAAAAGAAAGACCAUGAAAAGACAGCAUUUGAAGUUCAUGAAGUUUAUGCUGUUGAUGUGUUAAUAAGUACUGGUGAAGGCAAGGCAAAGGAUGCAGGUCAGAGAACAACUGUGUACAAGAGAGACCCAACACAGCAAUAUGGUUUAAAAAUGAAAACAUCUCGUGCCUUUUUUUCUGAGGUUGAAAGGCGGUUUGAUGCAAUGCCCUUCACUCUGAGGGCAUUUGAAGAUGAGAAAAAAGCCAAGAUGGGGGUCAUGGAAUGUGCCAAGCAUGAACUCCUUCAGCCAUUCAGUGUGCUAUAUGAGAAGGAAGGAGAAUAUGUGGCUCAGUUCAAGUUCACUGUGCUGCUCAUGCCAAAUGGCCCAAUGAGAAUCACCAGUGGGACAUUUGAAAAUGAGUUAUACAAGUCUGAAUUGGAUGUGAAGGACCCUGACUUAAAGGCCCUGCUUCAAAGUUCUGUUAGCCGAAGGAACCAAAAGAGGAGGAAGAAGAAGAAGGUGGCUUCCCAAUCUGCACUCAGUGCCACUACUGGCAGCACCAAUGAGGAGAAUGAAGCUGGAGAUUGACUUCUUGUAAUCUGUAACCCCAGAACUGACCUGACCUUUGACAUAGUUGUCUGUACCUGACAGCGAGCCCCAUCCCCCAGUGCUGUUUAGUGUGCAGCUCGUGGGACCUUUUCACCAGCUCCUAUAUUCUUACACUGAGGGAGGACCACAGGACUCGCAUUUAUGACUGCAGACUACUUCCAAAAAAUAAAAACAAAAAAAAACACUUUGUGCUAUUUGUAUGGUUUUAUAUUUUCUAUCCAAGUGAGCAAACUGAGGUGAGAGUAAUUGGUACUGAAGCUUGAAAGAUAUCUGUAAAAUUUAUAUUCUUUCCCCUUGACUCAAACCCCAACCAAGCUUCAUUUUGUUUGCAUUGUCAUAGGUUCCUUUGGGUGUUGGUACAGUCACCCAACUGUCAGCUGUUAAUGUUCAUUGAAACAGCAUUAUAGCUAUUUGGUGCUGAUUGAACAGAGCUGGAAAUUGUUGGGGGGGGUGUCGAGUCCCGAGUUAAACCAUUUUAAACUGUAUAGAUUAUUAGAAGUCAGUUUAUGCCUUUUUUGUAUCCUUGUUUUAUGAAAUGUUGCUUUUUUUCCCCAAAUAUCUAUAGUAGUUGUAAAGGAAAAAAAAUGCUGCAAAUUUGGGUGGUCUUUUCUCCAGUAGAGUUUUCAGUAGACUCGAAACAGCUCAGGAUAAACUGAAACGUACAUUGCAAAAUGAUUACUGAUUUAUAUCCCAGACUAUUCAGAACAGUUGAGAUUGCCAAGAGGUUAGGCAGUUUUUUUAAAAAGGAAGAAAAAAUUAAAUUUAAUUCUAACCCUGUGUAAAUAAUGGGCCAAGUAACUUGAUACCAGGCUAGUUCAGAGCCCAUGUCCAUGAUCUCAGUUCAGAGUGCCGAGACCUUUUUCCCUUUUUUUUUGGAGGAAGGUGAACUUUCACUGUUGCUGAUCUGAUUUGCAGGAUUGUAAGUGCACUUGUGGGUGCAGGCUGAAUUGAUAAGAUUGAUGUUUUCAAUACAAUGAAUUGUGUAGUUCUGCCUGAUUUUUUUUUUUGUUGGUGUCUUACAAAAGAAUGGCAAUCGUUCUGUUGACAUUUGAAAAUGCUACCCCCUACUUUUUUUUAAAAUUUAACACCAAAAAAAAGUAUGCAGCAUGCAUACAAAGCUGGUAUAAGGACUCUUGUUGUGCUAGCCUUGCUGUCAAUGACUUUGUGUUUGUGUGAGAUAGGAGCUCAGUGUAAUACCAUGAUUUGUUUUGGGUCACUGUGGGGAUUAAAUAAAUAACUGAAUAUUAA